AGGGCGGGGCGAUGGGAGAGGAGGAGACGUGAUCGGAGGGCCAGGUGGGUGUUGCACUAGUGAUCCAGAAGGGUCUACUGAAGUGACCCAGUCUCUGUAGUAUUCGGGCAGUAAAGACCGAGCAACAGCAUUUUUUUUUAAAAACACAAAACAAAACCAAAAACUGGAAGGCCUUUCGGCUGCAGUGACGCGGAACGUUUUUUUUGGCCAGAAACCGAAAGAAGAAAUCGGAAGUGACGUCGCGGUCAAAACAAGCCGGGGUUUGGGGGCCUGCUGUGAAUCUGUGGCUGCAGAUGGAAAAGACCGACUCGCUGUCGGCUGUCGAAGAUUUUUCAAUAGCUGAAUUCCAAGAACACAGUGGAUACCACUCCUAUAAAACAAAGAGGAAAUCAUGAAGAAAUGUUUUAAUUAUUGAAACUACAGUUGAAAUCAUGGCUACAUCAGCAAAUCUGGAUAUUGGAGCCCAGCUGAUAGUGGAAGAGUGCCCCAACAGUUACAGUCUAACUGGCAUGCCAGACAUUAAAAUAGAACAUCAGCUGGACUCGAAUGCAGAAGAAGGAUCCACUCAGGGUGUUGCCAUGGGAAUGAAAUUCAUAUUACCUAACCGAUUUGAUAUGAACGUGUGUUCUCGAUUUGUGAAGUCCUUAAAUGAAGAGGAUAGUAAAAAUAUUCAAGAUCAGGUUAACUCUGACCUGGAAGUGGCAUCUGUCCUAUUUAAAGCUGAAUGCAAUAUCCAUACAUCUCCUUCUCCGGGAAUUCAAGUAAGACAUGUCUAUACUCCCUCUACAACAAAGCACUUCUCACCAAUUAAACAGUCAACUACUUUGACCAACAAACACAGAGGAAAUGAGGUCUCAACCACACCUCUAUUAGCAAAUUCUUUAUCUGUUCAUCAGUUGGCUGCUCAGGGAGAGAUGCUCUACCUAGCUACUCGGAUUGAACAAGAAAAUGUUAUCAAUCACACAGAUGAAGAAGGAUUUACUCCUUUGAUGUGGGCUGCAGCACACGGGCAAAUAGCUGUGGUAGAGUUUCUACUUCAAAAUGGUGCUGAUCCCCAGCUUUUAGGAAAAGGUCGAGAAAGUGCACUCUCAUUGGCCUGUAGUAAAGGCUACACAGAUAUUGUCAAAAUGCUGCUUGAUUGUGGAGUUGAUGUAAAUGAAUAUGAUUGGAAUGGAGGGACACCUUUGCUUUAUGCUGUACAUGGAAAUCAUGUUAAAUGUGUAAAAAUGCUCUUAGAAAAUGGAGCUGACCCAACCAUCGAAACGGACUCUGGGUAUAAUUCUAUGGAUUUAGCUGUAGCCUUGGGCUAUAGAAGUGUUCAACAGGUCAUUGAGUCACAUUUACUGAAGCUGCUUCAGAAUAUCAAGGAAUAGACAUAGUCAUCAGGAAGUGUUGUCUGCCCUUCCAUUUACUUUUCGGCUCUUAUAAAUGAUAGUUUUGUUUACUUAUAAAUUUUUACCUCAGUUGCAAAAUUUACUGGUUUUAGUAAGUUUUAAUAUUCCUCUGAAUAAUUCACUGGUUUAUAAUAAAAUUAAUGUUGAUGCUUUUUUAUAAAUGUGUUUUACUGCAUAUUUAAAAUUAUAAAUUAAUGUUUUGUGGCAUGUAAAUUUUUAUGGUACAGAUAGUUAUCUGUCUUUGUAUCAAGUGCUAUAAUUUAACAUUUUCAAAAAUUAUUCUACCCUGUUCAUCUUCACUGUUGUAUUAACUCAUUGACUUCACACAGGUUUGCUAUAAAUCUAAAGGAAAAAAAAUUUGUUUUUGUUGAAUUUAAAAAUGCACAGUGUGAUUGUUUACAAAAUGAUGUUAUAAAUAAAUAAAGUACU